AUGUCGGCUCCAUCUGCGCGAGCUCCGUUGGCCGGUCGAACAUCGACAACAACCGGUAAUGUUCAAUGUAAGCCAGCUAAGCCUAAGCCUAAGCCUAAAUUCCCAACUUAGCCUAACUAUAUCAUAUUUUUGCAGCGCAAUUCCGAAUGGUUUCCGAAUUGCGGUCCGGUGCUGGAUCGGGCCUUUCGGGCUUCGGGCCGAAUGCGGCUUCGACAAUUCGGGAUUCGAGGGAGCGUGAGAAGAAAGAGAUGAGCGAUUUGAACGAUCGAUUGGCUAGUUAUAUUGAGAAGGUACGGUAGGCUGAGGGGGGUACUGUAGGAGUUUGCCGAACUCCUCAGUUUGGGUAGGGUUACGGUAGCAUAAACUACUGUAGUUACUGUAUUUUUGGAGCUACAGUAAUUCUUGAGAAAUUAGAAGAUUCAAAAGACACAGAAGAAUUGGGGGUACUGUAGAAAUGGGGAGAGGGUUACGGUAGCUCUUGGAUUACUGUAGAUCAUAAUUAGAUGAGUAUACUGUAGAUUUUAGCUUGGAUUACUGUAGCUCAUCAUUUUUCCUGAGUAAGUAAGUAUACUGUAGAUUUUGAGAAGCUUCAUAUGGUUACGGUAGAUGUUGGGUUACUGUAGCUCAAAAUAUUGCUAGAUUCGAGUUUCUGAAGGGUACUUUUGCCGCUACAGUAACCUAAUGAAUCUCAAAUCAGAAAGUACUGUAGAUCUCUAGAAAUCGAAUUACAGUAAUCUAAUUUACUACUGUAGCUCGAAAUUGUGAAAAAUCUUCCAGGGUACUGUAAUUCUAGGAAAACGUGGAGUAAUCCUGAAAUUCCUAAAAAAAUUCAGCUACAGUAAUCCUUGAUCCCCAGUAACCCUGAGAAAUUUAGGAAUACAGUAGCCCAAAAAUAUACUCUGAAAACUUGGGGAGAAAAUUCAGUAAUCUAAAACAAAUUUAAAUCUACAGUAACCUCUAGAAUUAAAACAAUGCUAAAUUUUUUGGACUUACAGUAUCCCAGAAGAUUUUUGAAAGUUGGAAAAAAAGUACAGUACUCUUAACAACUACAGAGAAUUUGCAGGUUCGUUUCCUCGAAGCACAAAACCGCAAACUCGCCGCCGACCUCGAAGCACUUCGCUCAAAAUGGGGCAAAGACACGCACAACAUCCGAAACAUGUUCGAAGGUGAGCUGUCAGAUGCUCAAAAAUUGAUCGACGACACAAAUAAGCAACGAAAAAGAGCUCGAAAAUCAAAUCAAGAAAAUGCAAGACGAGUUAGCGGAAGUUCGCCGAAAAUAUGAGGAUGCGUUGAAAGGACGUGAGCAAGAUCGUGCGAGAAUUGACGCAUUAUUGGUGCAACUGUCGAAUAUUGAGGGAGAGAUUAGUUUGUUGAAACGUAGAAUUGCUCAAUUAGAAGAGGAGGUGAAACGAAUCAAACAGGAAAAUCAACGACUUUUGAGCGAGCUUCAAAGAGCCCGAACUGACAUUGAUCAAGAGACCUUGAACCGCAUCGAUUAUCAAAACCAGGUUCAAACUUUGCUCGAAGAAAUUGACUUCUUGCGUAGAGUUCAUGACAACGAGAUCAAGGAUUUGCAAACUUUGGCGAGUCGAGAUACAACUCCGGAAAAUCGAGAAUUCUUUAAGAAUGAGCUCAGCUCUGCGAUUCGGGAUAUUCGAGAGGAAUAUGAUCAAGUGAAUAAUGUGAAUCGGAAUGAUAUGGAAUCCUGGUAUCGAUUGAAGGUUCAGGAAAUUCAGACACAAAGUUCAAGACAAUCGAUGGAACAAGGUUAUGCGAAGGAAGAAGUCAAGAGACUACGAACUCAAUUGAGUGAUUUACGCGGGAAAUUGGCGGAUUUAGAAACCAGAAAUUCUUUGCUCGAAAAACAAAUUCAAGAAUUGAAUUAUCAAUUGGAAGAUGAUCAAAGAUCCUACGAAGCAGCACUCAAUGAUAGAGAUUCACAAAUUCGAAAAAUGCGCGAAGAAUGUCAAGCGCUUAUGGUUGAAUUGCAAAUGUUGUUGGAUACCAAGCAAACGCUGGAUGCGGAGAUUGCGAUUUAUAGAAAGAUGUUGGAGGGAGAGGAGAAUCGGGCUGGUUUGAAACAGUUGGUGGAGCAGGUUGUGAAGACGCAUGCUAUUAGUCAAGAACAGGAUACUGGUGGGUUCAGGGAUUUUCGAGGGAAUCUAUUUUUUUCAUGUUCAUUAUGUUGACGUUGUACAAGCCCAGCAAAAUACAAUUUUUGGCAAAAAAAUUUAUGUAGAUUUUGAAACAGUGGAUUUUUUUUUCAAAAAAAUUUGCAAUAAUUUCUUUUUGGAAGAUUUUUGGUUUAAAAAUAUAUUUCCGUUUUGAAAAAAAACCUCCCAAAAAAUCCACUGUUUCAAAAAUUUGCCAAAGUUCUGGGGUUAUUUUCUUUCUUUUUGAUAAUUGAAAUUUCAAGAAACCUGAAUUUUGAAACGUAUUUUUUUAGAAAAAUUUAUUCUAGAAAAAAAAAUAAAGAUUUUCCAAAAAAAAUCCAAAAAAAAACUUCUGCCCUCACGCAGGAUCGAACUACGGGCCUCUGGUUUACAAGACCAACGCUCUACCACUGAGCUAUAAGGGCGACAUUUCCCAACAGUGCAAAUUGCCUUUUUCUUGCAGAAACGAUGCGCGUUGUCAAAGGCGAAACCGCCUCGCGUCAAUCCUUCCAACGUUCCGCCAAAGGAAACGUGUCGAUUCACGAGGCGUCGCCCGACGGAAAAUACGUCAUUCUUCAAAAUACACACCGUGCAAAGGACGAAUCGGUCAGCGAGUGGAAGUUGAAGCGAAGAAUCGACGGGAAACGCGAGAUUGUCUACACGUUGCCCAAGGAUUUUGUGUUGCGCGCUGGAAAGACGCUCAAAAUUUUUGCGAGAAAUCAAGGGGUUAACUCGCCACCCGAUCAAUUGGUUCACGAUUCGGAAGAGUCUUUUGGAAGUGGAAGCAAUGUUCAAACCAUCUUGUUCAACAAAGAGGGAGAGGUAAGAAAAAAACAAAAAAAUAAAAAAAUUGCCCCGGGGCGGGGUCGAACCCGAGACCUCCCACUCCAACGCGACGCUAACCGCCUGCGCCAAACGCGCACUUUUUUCUCUCCGGUGAAAUUCUCUCAUUAUUUCGAUGUUUUCAGGAACGCGCCACUCACAUUCAACGUCAAAGCACCAACUGA